AUGUGGAAGCGCGCGCAGGAGAGGGAGCGCGAGGCGGUUCGCGAGGCCGAGGCGCGGAAGCGCGCGGAAGAGCAAGGCGCGGCGCCAGCGGCAGCGCAAGCGGCGGGGCAGGAGCAGGGGAAGCAAUCUGGGGAGAGCGCGGAUGUGGUGAAGAAGCGCGAGGCGCAGUUCCUUCAAAUGCUCGAGUCCGGGGCUGACCGCACAGUUGCGCGCGGGCAGUCCGGGGCUGACCGCACAGUUGCGCGCGGGCAGUCCGGGGCUGACCGCACAGUUGCGCGCGGGCAGUCCGGGGCUGUCCGCACAGUUGCGCGCGGGCAGUCCGGGGCUGUCCGCACAGUUGCGCGCGGGCAGUCCGGGGCUGUCCGCACAGUUGCGCGCGGGCAGUCUGGGGCUGUCCGCACAGCUGCGCGCGGGCAGUCCGGGGCUGUCCGCACAGUUGCGCGCGGGCAGUCCGGGGCUGACCGCACAAGCAAAGCUGCUAUCUUGUAUCUCUCUUUCCGCCCCCCCUUCCGCCCGUCCCCCUGCGCGCGUACGCAGGUGCCCAAAGAGGUGCGGCAGGAGGCGGAGCGGAAGGCCGUGGUGGAUCGCGCAGCCGCGGCGCUGGCGGCGGCGCAGGCGCUACUGGUGGAGGCGGAAGAGCGCGCGCGCAAGGACCGGCAGGCCUCGCGCGGGCGGCGGCUGGCGGGCGCGGGGGAUCAGGGGGCGGCGAGCAGCGUCUGGGGCGGCAAGUCCUUGUCUGUAGUGAAGGAGAAGGGCGGGAAGAAGGGCGGGGAAGGAAAGGGGACGGCAGGGGGAGCAGCGGCAACGGCUAAACCAGUGGGUGGUUCUGCUGCAGGCGCCUCGUCAGGUGUUUCUUCAGGUGGUUCCAGCAGUCCGGGGCCCAGCUUCUGGGAGUGGGCGCCCCCAUCCGACACCACCCCCUCGCGGGGCGCAGGAGGCGGAGGAGGCGCGGGUCUCCCGCAGCUGCAGCCAGCUGCCCCGAAACCUGCCCGUUCAGCUGCCCAGCGCGCUACAGUAACCAUCGCGGACCCCCAGCCGCAGCUGUUGGAGGCGCUGCUGCUGCCCUUCGAAAGCGCCCGCGGCAUCAAAGAGGCUCUCCAGGCCGUCUUUGCUUCGGACGCUGCCGAACCUGCAGGCUCGGAAGCCGACGGGGCGACCGUAGCUGCGGACGGGUCGCGGUGGUGGAAGGAGUCGGGCACGGAGGUUCGGGAGGGCGGGGAGGUUUGCGAUUGGACGGUGGUUCGGGGUGUGAGCGCGGAUGGGUCGGUGGAAUGGGAGGAGAAGUGGUGGGAGGCUAGCGAUGAGUUUGAUUUCAAAGAGCUAGGAGCGGAGAAGUCCGGGAGGGAUGCGAAUGGGGCUGUGUGGAGGGAAACGUGGAGGGAGGCGACUUGGCAGGACUCUAAGACUGGGCUGAUGCAUAUUGAGAAGACGGCGGAUAAGUGGGGGCAGAAUGGGGAGGGUGGCGAGUGGCAUGAGAAGUGGUGGGAGCACUAUGAUGCGACGGGGCGGGCGGAGAAGUGGGCGGAUAAGUGGAGCAAGAUUGACAUGUACACGCCGCUGUAUGACGGGCAUGCGCACACGUGGCAUGAGAGGUGGGGGGAGGAGUACGACGGCAGGGGAGCGGCGUCCAAGUGGUGUGACAAGUGGGCAGAGCGGUUCGAAGGCCACGAUGGGUACGGCAACCAGCUGUGGGCCAAGUGGGGCGACAAGUGGGAUGAGAAAUUCAACCGAGACAAGACCGGGUACCGGCAGGGAGAGACCUGGUGGCAGGGGUCGGGAGGGGACGAUGCCCCCCGGUGGAACAAGGUGUGGAGCGAGGGGCAUGACGGGUCGGGGUGGGUGCAUAAGAAGGGCGGCGCGAGCAGUGGCGAGGGGUGGGAUGUGCGGGAGUGGAUGGACACGUGGUUUGAUGCUUUCCCGCACUUUGGGUUCAAGCAGUGUCUGGAGAAUUCGCGGAGGCUCAUGGAGGUGGGGAGGCGGCAGGGCAAGAAGCAGAAGUAG